GGCCCCUCUUGCGAGUCGUCGUCUCCAGUCUCUCCGCCAGUCAAAGAAACCCAGGCCGUCGGACGCCAUCCCUAGCCACCGCGCCGCUAUGUCCGCCGCCACCGCCACGCUCCGGCCAACCGAGCCGUUCCCUCUCCCGAGCGGUCUAUCCCUUGCGCGGCGCCUGAAGCUGCUCCUCUCCUUCUCCCGCGCCGACCUCUCCGUGAGCCCCGUCGACGAGUGGCAGCUCAAGUCCGCGCUCCUCGCCUUCCUCCGCAACCCGCCGCUCUCGCUCUCCCUCCUCCAAGACUCCGACCUGUCCGUCAGCCGCCUCCCGGACCUGCAGAAGCGCCGUCGGGACGAUCCCGUCGCCUCCGGCAUCCUGUACGUCCGCGAUCUCUCCUUCCUCCGCCCAGGCAACCGCACAGGAGACAACGAAGCCGAGAAGAUGACCCCAGAGCAGGAGGAGAAGAAGUACUCACAGUGGCGGAGCUCCCUGGUCGAGAAGCUAGAUGGCAUCGACCUCAACCUUAAGGGGGUUAUGUACCGGAUGAGUGUCGAGAUCCCCGCCUCAGAUGACUUCACGGCGAUGAAGAAGUCAUGGGAGGAUUUUUACGCCUCCGAGCUCUUUAGUGCUAGGAAUCCGGUGAGGAAGAUAGCAAAAAGACCAGACACAAUUCUUGUGAGAGGUGUGCCGUCCAGGUGGUUUGCGGAGACGAGGAUAUCGUCGAAGGCGUCCACAUUGGUCACCCACACUAUCUUCUCAGCUCUUGGUAAAAUAAGGACCUUAAAUAUUUCUAAUGACGAUGAAUUAGAAGAAAAAAAAGAUGAGACUAAUAAGGGUCUCAUAUCUGGACUCAAUUGUAAGGUGUGGGUGCAAUUUGAGAGUUAUGAUGACUUCCACAAUGCAAUGAAGGCAUUAUGUGGGCGGUCAUUAGAGAAGGAAGGAUCGCGGUUGAAAGUGAACUAUGAUGUGACUUGGGACAGGGAAGGUUUCUUUCGUAAUGCACAAUGCGAGCCUGCAUAUAACAAACUAGAAGAAACAGAUGCACCGGUACAUGGAAGGAAGAAACAUUACACCUCGCGGAUCGAAUCAGAUCAUAGGAAGAGAUUCAGGGAUUGAUGGCGCAAAGGAUAUGAUGAGUUGUGAAAUUACAUGUCAUAAGGAGGAGAAUUGGUUGUAUUCUGUGGUCUGUAUCAUUGUGAUGUUCACUAUUCGUUUUUUGUCUCCUUUUACUUCUCGUCAUUAGUCUAACAGUAAAAUCAUUCCGUCCGAGUCGCUGAUUUGUACUCCCUCCGUCCCACAGUAUAAGCUAUUACAGCUAUUGUGGUGGCACCUAGUUGAUACCGAAAGUUCGAGCUUAACAAAAGUUAGUGUUUGCUUCA